AUUCAAAACAAGGCAGCGAGGACGCCCCGAACCUAAAAAUCGAGGAGAGGUGGGGAGUGGGGGUGGCUGAGCGGUUCGAAAGACGAAAGCAAAAAAAAAAAAAAAAAAAGUCCGCUUGGCUUCAUCCUCCUUGGUUGGCGCUGCCCGAAGGAGAUCCACGAAGGAAGAACUGCUACUGUGGACGAGAAGGGGUGGAACCAGAACCCUGGAGCGUUCGAAGGGGCGGGGUUGGUUGCUGAAGGCGGUGGGGGCGGUUGCGUGACCAGGGCUGCAGAGUCCUUACUUGCGCGGGUCCGCUGUUGUCAUGGAGCUCACGAGUAGCAACAUUCAGGUGUUGCUUCAAGCGGCCGACUAUUUGGAGCGCAGAGAGAGAGAAGCCGAACACGGCUAUGCUUCUCUCUCGCCUUUCUGCGGACCAGAUGCGUUACAAUCGCAGAGGAAGCCGAAAACGCGAAAGGCCCUGAGAAACCUCCGGUCUGUACAAAAUGAGCUGGAGAAACACAGCAGAAGGGCCCAGCUACGGCAGUGUUUAGAACAGUUGAAGCAGCAGAUCCCCACAAAUACAGAGCAUUCUCGUUACACAAUACUUAGUCUCCUGCAUCGUGCCAGAUUGCAUAUUAAAAAGCUAGAAUACCAGGAACAGAAAGCUCAACAAGUGAAAGAGAGGCUACAUUGUGAGCAGCAGAAUUUGCACCAGCGCUUAGAAGAAUUGCAAGCCCAUCUGAAUAUGGAACGGGCAGCAGAUAGCCUGGAUUCUUCUCGGUUCUCCUCUGAGCAUUCUGACUCAGAAAAUGAAGUGGACGUAGAAGGCCUGGCAUCUGCUAGCAUUGGAGAUGUCGUGACUGCUUUCAGUACUCAGCAGGAGCACAGCUAUUCCAAUAUCAGCAACUUCUGGUUAUGGACAGAAGUUCAUUUAGGAGGACAGCAUUCAUCUAGACAGGCUUCAAGCUUUUCAGAAAUUACUUCGUGGCAGGGUAACUGAUACAUAGUUAUAAGACUGUUUUCUGUAAGUAAAGAAGAACCCUUCCUUUCUUAACAAAAAAGACUAUGCACCACCUCAUCAAAUCAAGUCUUGCAUCUCCACCUUCUUCACAAAACCAACUAGGACAAUUGUUAGAAGCUGACUAUACAUAACAUAUGCAUCUUACAUGUCAUCCUAGUUAAGGUUUGUGGAACAGGCAAGUCCAUUCUGCAGAGACUUGGGCUGGUGAGGAACCCUAGGUAUUUUAAACAAAAUAUAAACUUAGCUCUUAUCUACAGGGAGGAUUUUAAAAAUCCAUAUCAUAACAGGUAAAUGUUGUGCUCAGGUUUUUUUAAAUAUGAAAUAUGCUGUUGUUGAAUGGACUAAUAGUAAAGAUUUGCUUCAAGAGACCUUUUGCCAUUGCAAAAUCUAGGUUUUUCUGACCUUUUUUGACUGAAAGUGAACCACCUUAAGAUGUACUCAGUGGGAUUUUGAUAACUAUUUUUAAUUGUAACCUAACCUAACCUCCUAAAAGGAUGCAGUGGCUCAGUGGCUUAGACGCUGAGCUUGUAUAUCAGAAGGUCAGCA